AUGCUCGGAAUACGAUGUUACAGUGGUCUUCGAACCGCGUUCGUCAAACCAUCUCCGUCAUGGGGUCGAAUGCGACAGGUUACACCGUUGUGCCAACGGUUUUAUUCACCUCGAUCUCAUCCACCGCAUUCAACACCGGAAAGAGCCUCUUUAGAGCUGGAAAAGGAGCGCUCUAUUCUUCAAGAGCCAAUGUUUAGCAAUGCCUCACCAAAACCGCGAAUAGCUGUUCCAAUCCUGUUUGCAUUAUUGGUGUCUGGGCUGGGCUUUGGAGUCGCGGCCGUGCGUACAAACGAGGAGACUGAGAAAUGGCGAGAACGCAUCUCGGUCGUGGCUCCGAUUUUUCCGUGGGGUGUAACCUCUCAGAGCGCUACGAUGUAUGGCGAAUGGAGACAAGCCAAAGGCCGAGCAUGGCAAGAGGCUUUUGAUAACUUUCAGAAGAAGACAGUGGCACUCCCUGCUACAGUUCGCUCUUUUUUCAAUUAUGCCUACUAUUACGUCGCACAGUCAUGGGUCAAUUUGACCGAGGGCAAAGAGAUGAGCUACAAACUUGUGGGCUGCUUCGCUGCAGUCUACGUGAUGGGCUUGAUACCUGUUGCACGACAAUUCGCGCAUCGGGCGUUUAGUCAUGACCCGCUGUCUGGCCGGGUGACGACUCUGUUUACAUCGCAAUUUGGGCAUGCCGGACUAUUGCACAUGGCGGUGAAUUCCUUUGCGCUGUUGGGCUUUGGUGAGUUUGCUUGGAGCUAUCUGCGCCACAAGCAAGUAUCUGGCGCUGGAAAGAUGGAUGAAGCGCUAAGCGGCUACCAUUUCCUCGCCUUUCACCUCGCAGCGGGGACGGUAGCGGCACUGACAUCGCAUCUGUUCGCUGCCCGAGUGCUGGUCCCCCGGAUGAUGUCCGCAAUCUCAAAGGGGGGCGAAGUGACCGCAACACAAAUUCUGCCUAGUACUGGGGCGUCUGGGGCGAUAUGGGCGAGUCUGAUGGUGACCGCGCUUGGAUGGCCACACACGACGGUGACACUGGUGUUCCUGCCCUUUUUCCCAAUAUCGAUUGGCACAGGCGUUUACGGACUUGUCGCGCUUGAUAUCAUCGGACUGAUUCGCGGAUGGCGGUUCUUUGACCAUGCCGGUCAUUUGGGGGGCGCUGCGUUUGGUGCUCUCUACUUUUACUAUGGACCAGGUUGGUGGGAGUGGUGUAGAGAACAAGCAGCUAGGCUCUCUUUGUCGCGGCGGUCGCCUCCGCCUGGCUCGACGUUGACGGUUGCCUGA